AUUGUUGUGUUUAUACUCGCGCUCCUUCAACUCAAACUUUCCCAUUUGUAGAUUUAUCAAUUUAUAGUAUUUUCCAAUUGUAUUGUUUUUUAAACAAAAAUAGAGAUUGAAAGAGUUGUCGGAAGCGUAGCGGUGGUGACGUUGAAGUCAUGCGACCGUGGUGUAGCUCAUUUAUAGCCUAACUUUAGCUUUUUACUUAUGGCGAGUGUAUAGACUUCAAAAUCUUAUGAAGCUUAACUUAACGAACGAAACAUGUAAGGACCAUAAACUUUUGUUAGUCACGGAGUUUAUUUUCUGCAAUAAUCCUAUGGGAAAAUCCUAUUAUUAUCCUAAGUGAUACUAACUUCUGGGGUGGGCUACAAGAAUACAUCGUCCCUGCAGGACUGAUGACUUCCACAUUAGUGUCAGACCCUUGAGAAGGGGGACAUCCCUCUCUCUUAAUGUGGAGAUGAAGUCCGUCUCUACACCGGGGGAUUAUUACAUUUAAGAUGAUGAAGAUGCCAACGUGUAUGUAACACCAGUCCCGUUCACAAAGCGCCAGAUUUUCUCACAAUAAAAUUACGUUGUAAAAAAAAAAAAAAAAAAAAAGAAUUUGGUUAUGUCGAGAUCAUGAGAAAACAACUUUUUGUUAUGUCGAGAUCAACAACAAAAAAUAAAAUUAAUGAUGCAUGGCCGCUUAGGACUUCCGUAAAAAGUAGUGCUUACAGGUGAAACUGAUGCAGGCUGAUUAAAGGCGUCCUAUAUGUCGCGAACCAAGCAUUUUGUCGUGCAUUCCGAGCUAAGUAUACAAUAUAUUAUUAAUGCCCUACGAUGAUUCAGAGUGUAUUGUUGAUCAGUUUAGCAGUUCAUGCGGCGUCAGUCCCGCGAGCCUCAUACGAGGAUUUGAAUUCCGACUACUUUUCUAGACAGAAGACGGCUGAUAUACAGUUUUCAAAUCAAGAGUCUCCUAAAAUAUUCCCCGGACGUUUGUUUUCAAACCUCGAAAAUGUCUCUGAGUCUGAGAGCGGAGGUCUGGUUGUAAAGUGUGAGGAGAACAACUGGAGGAUUGUGGUGAAAAGGCAGUACUUUGGACCCGGUCUUCGUUUAUCUUCCAGAUCAGUUCGGCUGGGUGAAGAUGGCGCUCCUGGAGAAUGCACUCCUCUUAAAGACUUCAUUACCCCUACUGAGAUGGUCAUUUCUGCCGGACUACAGGACUGUGGGAGUGAAUCAAGAGUAAGUGACAACUGGCUCAUUUAUUCCAAUAAGCUGGUAUUUUCCCAUGAAACACAUCUAACCUGGAAUGGUGUCCAUGUAUUGAAACAUCCACCUACAAUUGUUCCUAUUGAGUGCCGUUAUAAAAGAAAGUUUAGAGUGAGUGCCGAACCACUGAGUCCCACCUGGCUGCCCAUGACCUCAACUAUUGAAGCAGUAGGAUUACUGCACUUCUCUCUUGAUGUAAUUAAAGGUGAUGUAGGCUCCCUUCAUCAGUCCACUGUAUACCAGCAGGGAGAGCCAUUGCUCCUGGAAGCAGCAGUGCAUAGUCCUAUGCACCGUCCACUACGAAUCUAUGUGGACCUCUGUGAGGCCUCUGUCGAUUCUGACACAUUAUCAUGGCCUAGCUAUGAGUUCAUAUCUGACCAUGGGUGCCUGAUAGAUAGCAUGUUUCCGUAUUCAUCAUCCAAGUUUUACAGCAGGCCAAAGCAGAAUAUUCUCAGGUUCAGCAUACAGGCAUUCUUCUUCCCCCAAUAUCAGAGAAAGCAGGUUUUCAUCAGUUGCCACUUGAGAGCUGCUCCUAUUUAUAGUCUGCCUGACUCUCAAAACAAAGCUUGCUAUUUUCAUGGCCCUUCCCUUAGUUGGCAUGCAGUAGAGGGGAGCAGUAAUGUGUGUCUGUGUUGUGAAACUGCGACCUGCAAGUCUGGAAUGAAGGACCCAUCCAGCAAAUAUUUAGAUGAGCAGACCAGAGUGGUUGGCCCACUUCAGAUUCUGCCUGCAAAUGUACAUUGGACUGGGAAACUUACCAUAGGGACAUGAGUCUCACCUGAGCCCUUCAUCUGAGGUCUGAAACUUUGCACUACACUUUGCACUUGUGGAUAGAAAUGUACAAAUGAUCAAGUUCAUCCAAAAUGUGUUAGUUGGCAUCUACAGUUAUGUUCCUAACAAACCCCUCAUUUAAUUUGAAAAUUGUUUGACAAAGAUGACUUCAUUUCUACUAUAAGAAUUUCACAUUUUGAUAAAGCUGCUUGCAAAACAAGUCUUUUACUACCAAAAACUCAUACUGAUCAGUGUAAUAGCAGCACACCAUAAGUCCUGAGAUUAAAUCUCAGGACUGCCAGAGAGCCACACGCCAGAGAGCCACAGUUAUGCCCUUAACCUGCAAUUGCGCAGCACUGUGCUAUGAUCGUAUUCUCCUUCACCUGUACAUGGCUUUAGAAAAACACUUCUGCUGAAAGAAAUCAAUGUGAAUAUGUGGAGACCAAAAUACUGAAUUAUGCUCAUUUUUUAUUUUUAAAUGCAAGUUAUUACAGAAUUUCACUUAUUAAUGUAUUUUUCACAAUUGAUGUGCAUUGUGACUGCAAGAAAAAUAUUACAAGGUUACUGAUACUCUUGUUUUUCAUCUAGACAUCUUUUGCUCUUCAAGUGAUCUUCCUUUUGUUUUGUUUUUUUUCCUUUUUUUUUUUUUUUAAUUACUAUU